AACAGUCUGUUGUGUUGAUGUAAUGUCGCGAGCCCUGUCUCGAGUAAACUGGAUAUUCAGGAUGUAAAACGGACGAAAGCUUUUGGUAAGUUUGAUUGGUUUUGUCACCCACGAUUUCUGUAGCCAAACUUGAAUCAAAUGCAGUACAGUAGUGUACAGUAUCAGCAGUAAGCUAUGCAGUUAUGCAGUUCUUUAAUGGCCGCCUGUCUUAAUACAGCUUGCUUGUGUGUGUGCAGAAGACAGUUAUGGAAGGUUGCAAUGUUACUUGAGAGGAAGUAUAUUUUUCAUUCCAUAAUUUUUUACACUUUUACUUCGGUAAUGAUGAAUAAGGAAAUGGACAUUCAACGGUAUUUAGGUGAGUGCAAAACCACUCUUUAUUUGAAUCAGUUGUUUGUUGACAGAGGAUGUUUGUUUUGGCUAGCAACUUGAUGAAUUGGUGUUAUUGUGGUAAUAAUUGCCGUGACCAGCUAUCCAAAACGCCAAAAUUUUCCCAGUUACAAAAUUCUCAAAUCUGAUUGGCUAUAAACUAUUCUGAUUUCAGCAUCAAUAGGACAGUGUAUAUAGGACAGUAUGCAUCCAGGUGGGGUACUCUGGAUUUCAAGUGAGAGGGAUGAUUGAAUAAUGGGCUAAGAAAUCCCUGUGCUUUCCAGCAAAACCCCAAAAAAUCUUUGGACCUGAAAUUAAUCCUGUUACUCCUCAAAAUGUAAUACUAAUGCAGAAGGUAAUAAUAUUGAUGCAAAAUGUAAUAACCUUUCAACUUAAAAUGUAAUAAUUUUCAAAUGCAUAAUGUAAUAAUGUAAAAUGUAAUAAUUUCUGAAUGAUAUGCAUGGUGUUUUAAAAUCAAAUUAUUAUUAUAAUUAUAACUACAACAAAAUUUUCAAAUCUGGUUGGCUAUCAACUGCCCUGAUUUCAGCCUUAAUAGGACAGUUUAAUUGGACAGUACGUGCCAUCAUGCGCGCGCUUAAAUGGCUUUUUUUUUUCACUGCCAGCAAAAAAAUCUUGGAAUUUCUUGUGUUUUGAUUUUAAAAAGAGCCUUAUGCGUCACAAAUUUUGUUAAAGUUAUGAUGAAUUGGUAACAGAACUUUGUGUCAUCCAAUUCGGUCUGUAAUUAUUCUCGUGAUUAAACAAAUUAGACUCGACCCGCUACGUGGUCGUUCGAUUUUGUUAAUCACUCGAAUGAUUACAGACCGAAUUGGACUCCCCUCUGCCCUGUUACCAUUACUUAUUGUUUAUUAUUAUUAUUAUUGUUGUUGGGGUUGUUGAUAUUCAUAUUAAUAAUGAAAUGACAGAUGAAGUAAGGAGUUGCAAUUAUCUCUAAUGAACCGAAUAGUACAUAAUUCUUUCCGCUUUUGAAUAAAAUACAGGUCUCAAUACAGAAGCAUAAUUAUGUAGAUACUUCUAUUCAAUUAUUGCACAUUUUCUGUUAGAAGCUACAAAAGGCAGAAUGAUGAAAUGGGUGAUUUUUCCAGCUGAUAAACAAUCACUAUCAAUAGUUCAUUACUUUAUUGUAAAAAAUAUUUCUAAUUUAUAAAGAGCAUUCCUCUGACUUCUAGUGUGAGUAUUUUCCUGACUAUCAAACCAAUAAAUCAUACUAUACUAAGUAAUAGUUGACACUACAGCUACCACCGCUCUGUAUAUUGUUGGUCAAUAGUAUUCUUGGUCGUUGUGUAGCUUUUUGAAAUAUAGCGAUUCAAGAUUUUCACACAUAUUCCAUACAAUAGGUGAGAUAAAAACAGGAAAUGCACUGAUUCAGUUCGAUUUACACAGCUUUGAUCAAAACAUUAUUUCUCAGUUUUGAGAAUAGCUUAUUCUAAACCAUAAGAAAAGAUUUAAUUAGCAGUUGGAAUUUUUUGCUAUUUCUCUUUCAAUUUUUACAUACAGUUCAUUUUAUUUGCCAGAAAGUAAGCCUUAGUGAUUCAAAGGUUUGAUCAAUUCAUGCUCGUGCAUUCUAGCCUUUUUUAAAAUUUUAUAGAAGGACAUCUGUGAGCAGGGAAUCCACAUAGUCCUAUUACCAUUGAUUACUGAUCAUAACUAUACCAAAAUUCUCAAAUCUGAUUGGCUACCAACUGCCCUGAUUUCAGUAUAAAAUAGAACAGUGUAAAUAGGACCAUUUGCAUCACGCUUAGUAAUGGUAACAGGACUGAAUGGAGUCCAAUUCGGUCUGUAAUCAUACGAGUGAUUAACAAAAUCGGACCAACGCGUAGCGGGAGUCCGAUUUGUUUAAUCACAAGUAUGAUUACAGACCGAAUUGGAUGAUACGAAGUUCGGUCACAAAUAGGACAAUUGCAUGAUGACGUCAUUUUACUACAACUACCAGAAUCCUUGAGUUUGUUGUUUUCUUGUGCAAAUUAAGGCUAUUGUUCUUUAAUCCUGAGCGGGAUUGACAAAUUUAAAUAACAAAGCAAAACCAAAAUGAAUUCUGGUAGUUGAGGUCAAAUAUUGUCAUUGUGCAAUUGUCCUAUUAAUCAUAACUUUAACAAAAUUUGUGAUGUCAUGGGCUAUUUUUUAAAUCAAAACACAGGAAAUUCGAAAUUUUGUUUUGCUAACAGUGAAAAAAAAGCUAUUUAAGUGCGCGCAUGAUGGCACGUACUGUCUAAUUUCUUAGGCAUGACGCGUACUGUCCUAUUAAACUGUUCAAUUAAGGCUGAAAUCAGGGCAGUUGAUAGCCAAUGAGAUUUGACAAUUUUGUUAUAGUUAUGAUUAAAUAAUAAAUUGGACAGUGCUUGACAUUGUACGCACACUUGAAUGGUUUUGUUUGUUCAGUGCUAGCAAAAACUUCUUGAAUAUCUGGUGUUUUAAUUAAAGGCUGAAAAUAUGACAACAGUCGUUAUAGUUAUGUUUAAUUAGUAUCUCCAAUUCCAUCUGUUAUUCUCAUGUCAUUAAACAAAUCGUACCCAGGGAGGUAGGGAGAUCUGCAUGUUUCUUCACAUCACACAAAAUUCAGAUUCAAUAAAUUGUUUAAUUACUAUUAUUUCAAGCCAGCAUUUCUACAUCUGUAAGUUCUUAAAUGUCACAUCCCUUAUCCCCUUGUUAAGACUUCCUUUAAAAUGUUUUUCAUGGCACUGAGUUUCGGAAUGUGAAAGGAUCAUGUCAUUUUUGUUGCAGCUGAUAUUAACUCCUCAAAAAGCAGAUGACAGUCAUUGCAUAACAUUUUUAACACAUUUUUGUAUUGAAUAUGUUCUUUUUUGUCUGUAUUUGGGCUGUUUUGGUCUCACAUACUUGGAGCCCAGAACUCUUGAAUUGACAUUUUCGUGAGAUCUUCACUCAUGACAAGACAGCUAAGUUGCCACAUUGCUGUCUUGCUUGAUAUCAAUGAUUGCAUAUUCCCCACGUCUUUCAACUGUUUCAAAGCUGGUUAUGAAGAAUUAGCCAGGGGUUCAAAGCCGAUGACAAGCACGGAAAUUAUAUAGUUUGAUUAAAUAAAAUUACUGAAGAUGUUAAAAUUGAUAUACAGUAAAAAUCUGUAACUAAGAUUUUCCCAAGUUAGCCUAAACAGGUUCUUAAAUUAAUGGUAAUUAGCACAAAUUUAGGCUGUUUAGGUUGUUAAAUUGGUUCUUGUUGUCUGAAGAAAAAAAAAGUAUGGUAGCUAUAUAGUAAGUAUGGAUGGGUAAUGGAAGCUAUUUAGUAAGUAUGGAUGGGUAAUGGAAGCUAUUUAGUGAGUAUUUAGUGGUAUUCAGCUCAUUCCUUAUAUAUAAUCUGCAUACCAAAUUGGCAUUUAUGUAAAAAUGAUCAUGAGAAGAAGGACUGAAACACUCAUGAUCACAUGAAUUUCGAAGUCCCUUUGCCUAAGUCAACAGGAAAUUUGAACCUGUUUCAAGUUUUAGGGUUAACAGGUUCUUGUAUGGAGGAGACCCAGCUGACCGUGCCAAAUUUUAGGUUAUAAACAGGUUCUUAAAAACCAGAUUUUUAGUUGUGGGUUUUUACUGUAUUUUGCACUUUUUUGUUGGCUGACUGCAAACAGCAAUUUUUUUGUUUUUGUCUUUGUUUUCUAUUUUAGUUCUCAUGGCUGGUUUACGUAUUGACCACAUAUCGCAGCAAAAGCUCAAACAGGAUACACAAGAAUCAUCAUGUUCUUCAGUAGGCUGGUGAUCAGUGUGCUCAAGACUACUGUUCUUAAAAGAGAAAUGUUGCUUGAGUUUAUGUCAUGUGUAAGUGUUACUUUUAUACAAAAAACAUAUGAAAACGACAGUUUCUGUGAGAUUACACAAUGCAGGCAGUCCUUAUGCCAUGUUUGCUUACAAUGCAUUGAAGGGAAACACUGGGCAAAAAUGCAGUACUAUAGAAACUGCGUUUUAAAAAAAGACAUCAGGAAUAAACCUUCAAAGGCCCCCAUUUCAAAUCACAUUUAUUGCACACUGAUAUGUGACUUGCAGCUUUUCUCAACGAAACUUCAUUGUUUUUUUUAUCUCAUGGGUGGGACAUUUGAACACGAUGUUUGCUCCACGGGGCAAUUCUCGCAGUGUUGCGAAGAAAACAUGAGAAAUGUCCAAGAAAUGGCCAUGGGCAGGGGCGACGGGCAUGCUUAAAAUUGACUGAGCCAUAACUAGAAUUAGCAUUUACGGACAAAGUUUCUCAGCUUAACAAACGUUCUCAGCAAUAACUGGGCUCGUCUGCUGGAAAAGAAACAUGCUUCAAGGUGAUCUCAGUACACCAUGAGUACAGUGAGUGUACCAUUAAGUGGUUAUAAUAAACGUUUUAAUCUUCUAUUUAUAUUUUUAGAUAUUUGACAACUGCGAUAUUGAAAAUGGCAUCUACUUCACAGACUUGUUAUGGAUCUCGCAAAGUGAAAGUCACUAUUCUGGCUUCUGAAUGGGGAUCAAGCAAAGAGGAGCUUUCUACUGUGAACAGAGAGUUAUCCAUUCAGUUAGCCAAAUGUCCUGAAGUGGAAAUCACUGUCUUUUUACCACAAUGCAGCCAGAAGGACAAAAAGGAAGCUCUUAAAUACAAAGUAAAGAUUGUGGAGGCAACACCACGGUCUGGCUUCAAACAUCUGGAUUGGCUUUGCUUUCCACCAGAGGAUUUACAAAUUGACAUUGUCGUAGGUCACGGAGUUACACUUGGUAAACAAGCACAAUUCAUUAAAGACAUGAAGAAAUGCAAGUGGAUUCAGGUUGUGCACACAGACCCAGAAGAAUGUGGGAUGUUUAAAAACUAUUCCUAUCCAAUUUCAAAGGGCAAAGACAAGCACAAGACUGAAGUAGAACUGUGUGAAAUGGCGGAUCAUGUUGUCGGAAUUGGACCCAAGUUGAGCGAAGCCUUUCGCUCAUAUCUUCGUGGCUGUCAAAAAGAUGACUAUGUUCUUGACUUCACUCCUGGAGUAUUUGAAGAGUUUGAGACUGUGAAGCAGGUUCCUAGUGAAAGAAAACCACGCAAGGUCUUGGUGUUUGGACGUGGGGACGUGGAAGAUUUUGAAUUAAAAGGGUUUGACAUCGCUGGGAGAGCGAUUGCUGCAUUAAAAGAUACUUGUCUUGUGUUUGUUGGAGCUCCGGAGGGAAAACAUGAAGAAAUAGCUCAACGGUUAAAGAGAUGUGGUGUUCCUUUAAAUCGGUUGAGGGUGAGAGGAUUUGUUGAAGACCGAGAGAGUCUAAAGCGCUUGUUUCAGGAAGUAGAUCUUGUAGUCAUGACUUCAAGAACAGAAGGCUUUGGGUUGACAGGACUCGAGGCUCUUUCAGCUGGUCUCCCUGUGCUGGUAAGUCACAACUCGGGUUUUGGAGAGGCACUGUACAGUAUACCCUUUGGUCCGUCAUUUGUGGUUAACUCAGAGGAUCCCGCCGAUUGGACCUUGGCCAUUCAGAAAUUCUGGGACAAGGACAGGAAAAGUCGAGUUGAGGAAGUGAAAAUGUUGCGUGAUUUGUAUGGCAGGAAAUACAACUGGGCUGAGCAAAUAAAAGGGCUUGUUAACAAGAUGAUCAACUUGGCUCGUGGUAUGUAAAUUGCUGUUUCUCAAUACUAAUGUUUCAUAGCGCAGAAGGAAAAAUAAUUACUCAGUUUCUUGCUGUAAAAUCUUGAAAACAGAUUUCAUUUUAAUGUGGAUUACAGGAAACUGGGAUGUUUGUAUUUUCAGAAAAAAAUACUGAAAUAGUCUAUGGAGUGCGGUUACAACCAUUUUUUUUCACCUUUAUUUCAUACCUUCAUAAUCAGUGCAAAAGACUGUUUUCGUCCUUUUCAUUUCAGAUUCUAGGAAGGCAUUGAGCUUCUUAGGAAAGAAGCGCAAGGCGUCUCAGAUGACAGAAGAGACGACUGAGGACCAUGCAGGUAUCUUCAUAAUGGGCAAUUCCAGAAAAUAUCCAUACCCAACCACGGACGGCUUCCAUGUUUUAUCCCCCCCUUGCCUUCGGAAAUUCCAAAAUGCGUUACCCCUCCAUGCCCUCAGAAUUCCAUAAUCGUGAACCCCCCCUCCCCUUCAGAAUUUCCGUUUUUUUGAAGUACAUUUUCAACUUAGCAACGCCUAUAUGAACAAACGAACGUGAAUUUAUGCCUCCUCAAGGCUGUGAUCUAGCGGCGCCAGGCGACAAGCUUUCAGACUCUAACCUACCGCUAGUAGACAGGCUGUGCAAACUCCUUUUUAGGUCCGAAUUUGGCAAUAAAAAUAAACACCACUAACGGCAAUUUUACUCCUCUUUGUUUUCUUUUGCUGUUUUGACGUUUACAAAGCAAAAUAGCUCAAAUUCAGACUGUUAAAAUCUUUCGGUGGUCAAAUAUACCGUCGAGGCGUGUUGCGUCCUUUUAUACGUCAUGUAGUGUGCACGAAAAGUGUUCUAAUCUGACAGGCGUUCCUUGGAAGCCAGGGACUGGUGCGAGUUUUUUUUACAGUUCAUCGGAUCGGAUGGGAGUAACAAGAAACUUGCAAGCAGUAAGAUACAUACAAUUACAAUUCAAAUGUUCCUUUUUGAGUAACUCUCCUUGUUUAAUCCUCUAAUAGCUAUGAAUUUCAUUGAGGUUGUAAAUUUGUGUACUAAAGAAUGCAAGGGUGGCACCGCAGAAAUACGUUUUGUGACGUCACAGCACCUGGUCAGCGGUACUAUAAGAAUCUAUAUAACGGUACACUAUAGGAAUCAUAUAUAAUUCUCUAUAUAUUCUAUAUAUAAUAUAAUAUUAUAUAUUCAUAUAUAAUACUCUAUUUAAUUCUUUAUAUAAUUCUCUUUUCUUACCUUACAUCAAUUAUUGCAGUUUAAUAUGGGCAUCUACUUAUGCUUCUUAGCUUAAACCCCUUUAUGUACUUCAAAAGAAAGCUGUUCGUGUAAUUACUUUUUCUCCUCCGCGCACAUCCUCUAAGCCCCUUUUUUCUAAGCAUAAUAUUCUUUCACUGUACUCUAUCUAUAAAUUCCAUGUUGCUUGUUUUGUAUUCUCACAUUUUAAUAGCCUUUUACCUACUCCUGUUUCCUCGAUCCUUCAUUUUAAUUGUGAAUAUCACGAUUAUAUGACUCGUUCACGUUUUAAUCUGCAUAAAACCUGUCAUAAGUACCAAUUUGCUAUCACUUGGCAAGCUCCUAUUAUUUGGAAUGAUAUUCCGUUAACUGUGCACAAUAAUCUCACAGUAAGUGACUUUAAAAAAAACUUAAGACUGUAUUUUUCUGAGUAGUUAAUUAGCCUACGCAUAAUCUGUACACCUUAUGGGACUAUACUAGGUGUAUUUGUUUGUAGUUGAUUGUGUGGUUUAUAGGAAUUAUUAGUUGUUUGUGUGGUUUAUAGGAAUUAUUAGGAAUAAUAAUAGGUUUAUAGGAAUUAUUAGUUGUUUAAAUAUUUGAAAUUAGUUGCCAAGUAUUGUAUUUUAGUUGUAAGUUUUUCUAACUGACCUUUUCUUUCUUGAUCUAAUUGUAUUGUAAUUAUUUUAGUUAAAGCCUUCUUCUAUUCCUGUUAAUUCUUCACGUCUUUUUUUUUGCUGACCUCCGGCCAUUUAAGCCCCCGGCUUUGGCUGUUCUUGUGUAUUUUUUUUCUUCCAGGAAUUGAUUAUUAAACGUAAACGUAAAUAUGAAGUACCUACCAUUUUAAAAGGCGAUGACGCUGACCAGCAAAAUACUGUAUCGCGCCUUCAAAAACGUAUUUCUGCGGUGCCUGCAAGGGUUUAUCUAAUGAUCCAUCUGAUAUUUUGCAUAGAGAGUCUUUCUGUGCAACGUGGUUACUUUUGGUUCAAGAACAAAAAAUGUGAAUAGGCAUUGGUUUGUGACCUUUCACAACAGGGGUUUUCCCUUCCUCUUAGGCCCUGUUCCACUAGUCCCUACGAAGAAAAAUAGAGGUUGGCAUUUGCAAAAAAUUCGAAAAUGUUGUAAUCAACAAUUUUUUUGUUUUUGCAACCUUGUUCGCAUCUGAGACAAACAAAAUUUUUCGUAUAUGCAGAAACGUAUGGAAAUGGAUUGAAUUUACCUUUUCCUCAUCUGGUGUCCGGCAAUAGGGAAGAAAAUAGGGAAGAAAAUUUAUCAAUUUAAAAUCUUAAGCUAUAUAGAGAAACAAACCAAAACUACAAUAACCAAACGUGAAGGAAAAGAAAAAAAAAGAAGAGAAGAGAAACAAGUUCUGCUCGGAAUCGAACUCGGGACUUCCCGCACUCAUUAACUACCACUAUGCCACGUGAAACACAUUGCGAUAACAUUUUAAUGACCAACUACAAAAGCCUUUUUCCAAGAACUUCCGCCAGCGCGCCCUAUAUAAAGUUGCUCGAGCCCUAUUAAACACGAAUUCAGCGAUACUCUUCGGAAGAAUGACUGCUGUUUUGAUGUUGAAAACUUAACGUAAACGCAUUUCAUCUAAUUUAAAGAACAAAUGCCCAACUACGGUAUAAACUCGUUUGCGAGCAAAACGUGUUUUGCCCGGGUGUUUUGUUACCUCGAUUUUCGCGCAUAUCUUAAGGCUGGUUAUCCAAAAUCGCUUCCAUUUGCUAUUAAAAGUACUUUUGUAUUCGAAAUUCAUUGCAAAAAGCACUUACCGACUCCUAAACGACUGCAAAACAACCAAGCACUUUGAUCAUCGAUGGGAAACCGCUUUCAGUCAAAUGUUGCCUAAAAACUAAAAAGGUAGUCUGCUACACAGCCGCUUUUAGAGUCGUCACGCAACGCUUGUGGGAGGAGCGUUGCGUGACGACUCUAAAAGCGGCUGUGUAGCAGACUACUAAAAAGGCGCAGUGACGUCAAACUACUGUACGAAGUCAUGGCGGACACCAUCAGAUAUAUACAAGAAUAAGCGCUGCAAGUUUGCGGCUCGCUAGGAUCCACGCGUGGUCCACGUACUGCGCGAAUCGCGCAGGACGAGAUUAUAAACUUAUUCCGCUCGGAAUUAUUUUCACACAUCAAUUGAGCAUAGAAAUGUUUCAGUUUUAAUUUCUCAUUUUCCUAUUCCUCAUUCUCAAACCCUGCUGCCAUUUUAGAAAUAUCCUUUGUAAUUGUUUCUGGGUUUCAAAUUCAUUUUUGAGAUUUUUUUCUCCAGGGGAAAGUGUCUCGUCCAUUCUUAAUGAGACCGUUCCAGCUGAUUCAGAAGACUUUGAUUCUAAAGCUGAAUACAAAGAUAAGGAUGGUCAGGAGCUUCAUGCUGCUGCAAAAACUGGAUGCAUCGACAUCAUUACGUUAUUGCUGUCUCAAGGAUUUGACAUUGAUUCAAGGGACAGGAAUGGUGUCACUCCAUUGAUGCGGACAGCUCUUUAUGGCCAACAAGGUGCUUUUCAGAUGUUGCUACAAAACGGUGCUGAUCCAUCUUUGAAAGACAGCGGUGGGUUCAGUCUGCUCCACAAGGCUGCAACAGGUGAAAAUCCAUCCAUUAUCAACGAGCUGUUAUCACUUGGUCUUGACAUUGAUUCAAGGAGUAAUGGUGGCGUUACUCCACUGAUGACUGCAACGGGUUAUGACAAACAAAAUGCUUUUCAGAUCCUGGUACAAAAGGGUGCUGAUCCAUUUUUGAAAGACAGCGGUGGGUUCAGUCUGCUCCACAAGGCUGCAACAGGUGGAAAUCCAUCCAUUAUCAACGAGCUGUUAUCACUUGGUCUUGACAUUGAUUCAAGGAGUAAUGGUGGCGUUACUCCACUGAUGACUGCAACGUGUUAUGACAAACAAAAUGCUUUUCAGAUCCUGAUACAAAAGGGUGCUGAUCCAUCUUUGAAAGACAACAAAGGGUACAGUCCGCUUCACUCUGCUGCAGCAGGUGGAAAUUCAUCCAUUAUCAACGAGCUGUUAUCACUUGGUCUUGACAUUGAUUCAAGGAGUAAUGGUGGCGUUACUCCACUGAUGACUGCAACGGGUGAUGACAAACAAAAUGCUUUUCAAAUCCUGAUACAAAAGGGUGCUGAUCCAUCUUUGAAAGACAACAAAGGGUACAGUCCGCUUCACUCUGCUGCAGCAGGUGGAAAUUCAUCCAUUAUCAAAGAGCUGUUAUCACUUGGUCUUGACAUUGAUUCAAGGAGUAAUGGUGGCGUUACUCCACUGAUGAUUGCAGCUUUUUAUGGCAAACAGAAUGCUUUUCAUAUUCUGAUGCAAAAGGGUGCUGAUCCAUCUUUGAAAGACAGCAGUGGGUUCAGUCUGCUCCACAAGGCUGCAACAGGUGGAAAUCCAUCCAUUAUCAACGAGCUGUUAUCACUUGGUCUUGACAUUGAUUCAAGGAGUAAUGGUGGCGUUACUCCACUGAUGAUUGCAGCUUUUUAUGACAAACAAAAUGCUUUUCAUAUUCUGAUACAAAUGGGUGCUGAUCCAUCUUUGAAAGACAACGGUGGGUUCAGUCUGCUCCACAAGGCUGCAACAGGUGGAAAUCCAUCCAUUAUCAACGAGCUGUUAUCACUUGGUCUUGACAUUGAUUCAAGGAGUAAUGGUGUCGUUACUCCACUGAUGAUUGCAGCUUUUUAUGACAAACAAAAUGCUUUUCAGAUUCUGAUACAAAAGGGCGCUGAUCCAUCUUUGAAAGACAACAAUGGGCUCAGUCUGCUCCACUUUGCUGCAAAAGGUGGAAACACAUCCAUUAUCAACGAGCUGUUGUCCCUUGGUCUUGACGUCCAUUUAAAAGAUGUCUACGGUGUAACUCCUCUGACUAGCGCAAUAGAGAACAGUAAUUCUGACGCAGUAAAAUUUUUGAUUUCUAAAGGAGCACUUAAAUAA